AUGAACCAAGCAAGUGAAUGGGUUCAUAAUUUCAAAAGGGACAUACCUUCCCAUAUCAACAAAAUUGAAAAUUAUGUGGAGUCAUUGAAAAGUAUCACUGCAGACGAAAUUGUGGACGAUUUCGUGAACUUUAGGGUCACUCCAGCUACUGUAACUAUCUCGAUUACCGCUGUAACCACGUUACUCUUCAUCGGGAGCUAUUUGAGUUCUGCGUCUUCUCCGAAAACAAAAAGUAAGAAAAAUAAGAAGCCGAAAAAGAAGGUCACAAAGGCCCAAAGAGCAAACUUGGACAUUCAAGGCACUUUGGACUAUGUGGAACUGGAGUAUGUGCCAAAGAUUGAUGAUUACAUAGAAAAUUACAAGACAUUACUGAAAGACGAUAGAGAGUACAAAUUCAAGUAUUUUGAGGAAAUGUUGUUGAAGCAAUUGAUGAAAUUAGAUGGUAUAGACGUCAUUGGUAACGAUAUAUUGAGAGACAAUAGGAAAAAAGUCAUUAAAUUUAUUCAAGAUCAUCAAAAGAGAUUGGAUAAGAUUAAAAAGGAAAACUAG